AUGAGGAGUGUGACGUCAGAGGAUGGUUCUGAUCAGCAGAGUGAAGAGAGAUGUGGAAGCUAUAGUUCGAGUGCUGACAUUAGCGAAUCGGAGUUCUCCAGUAGUGGCUUAACGUGUCGGCUGUACAAGGUGGAGGAGGAAAAUGGAAGCGCUUCGAGUUCUAUAGACUCGUCGCCGAUCUCAGCCGUUGCUAGCUCGGGGAUUCCGGCGCCGAUUGUGCCGCCUUUUAUGUUCCCGGUGUUUGGCGGGAAGGAUGUGGUAGUCUGGGAUGAGAAGCCGCAGAAAUGCGCCGUCGAUUUGUCAGAAAUUGAGAUGAUGAAGGAAAGAUUUGCUAAGCUUCUACUUGGUGAAGACAUGUCUGGAGGAGGCAAAGGAGUUUGUACUGCGCUUGCCAUCUCAAAUGCCAUUACUAAUCUCUCUGCUACUGUAUUUGGCGAAUUGUGGAGGUUGGAGCCACUGGCACCACAGAAGAAGACAAUGUGGUGCAGGGAGAAGGAAUGGCUGUUAUCUGUUAGUGAUUCAAUUGUGGAACUAGUGCCUUCCAUGCAGCCAUUUCCUGGAGGGGGGACAUAUGAAGUAAUGGCAACAAGGCCACGUUCGGAUUUAUAUAUGAAUUUACCAGCACUCAAGAAACUUGAUGCUAUGUUGAUAAGAAUUCUAGAUGGCUUUCAGGAUACUGAGUUUUGGUAUGUUGACCGCGGAAUAAUUGUGGAUGAGUCUGAGAAGUAUUCGUCUGAGGUUUCUGGUGGUAGGCCUUCUAUUAGACAGGAAGAGAAGUGGUGGCUACCAUACCCAAAAGUUGCUACAAAGGGAUUGUCAGAUGAUAUGAGAAAGAGGCUUCAGCAGUGCCGCAGUUGCACAAACCAGAUACUGAAGGCUGCCUUGGCCAUAAAUAGCAACGUUCUUGCUGAGAUGGAUAUACCAGAUGCCUAUUUGAAAACCUUGCCAAAGAAUGGAAGAGAUUGUUUGGGUGAUGUCAUCUACCGAUACAUAACUGCUGAUCAAUUCUCACCAGGAUGUCUUCUUGAUUGCCUUGAUUUGUCAUCCGAGCAUCACACACUAAAUGUGGUGAACAGAAUUGAGGCAGCUGUGCUCGUAUGGAAGCUGAAAGAAAGAAAGAAAGAGCCAAACCGUAAGAAAGCUAAGGGCAAGACAUGGGGUGGUAAGAUGAAGGGCCUGGUUGUCGAUUGUGAAAAGAACCAAUUCCUUGCACAGCGAGCUGAAACCUUAUUGCAUAGCCUAAGAAUUCGGUUUCCCAGUCUUCCACAAACUGCACUAGAAAUGAACAAGAUCCAGUAUAACAAGGAUGUUGGGCAGUCAAUUCUAGAAAGCUAUUCAAGGGUAAUGGAGAGCUUGGCGUUCAACAUAAUGGCUAGGAUCGAUGAUGUUUUGUAUGUAGACGAUGCAACCAAACGAUGUGCUGCAGCUGAGUCUCUUUCAAUUUUCAACCGAAGUAUGAAUGGACUUCCAAUUCAGAAGAAGAUUUCACCGAGUCCCUUUUCAAUUCAACGCACCCCAUAUACCUCUCCUUUUGCAACUCCAACAUCUUGUUCAUCUCCACCACUAGCCAGUAGCCCAAGGAGGUCUGUUUCCCCUCUACGCAAGGAUAGUGUAAAGGCAGCAACACCGAGCCAUAAAUUUGACCAAGUUGUGCCUACCGAUUGGGAUAAAGUAUUGUCAUAUGCUGGAAAUCUCAGUGCUAGAAGAGUUUCUUGGGAUGCCCCAGAGCGUGACUGA